UAAUUAAUAACCACUGUCCCUUUUCCCCAUGACCCCAUCCGCUCACAGAACUGUGUGGUCGCUACACAGAAACAGCCCUAUUCCCAUUUCUAAUUAUUGGUUGUGUCAAAUAUUGCAGCAAGGCUCAGGAGUGCGCGGUGUGUCUCUAGUACAGCAAAAGAACCCAGAUUAACCCCAUCACUUCUGGACUGAGGAAUCAAGCAAUACUCUGUCCCUGGUGCUGAGAUAACACAGCCUUCUGAAUGAAUGAGUGGCUGGGCCAUGACGUCAAUGUGGUGGGACCUUUACAGAUCCCACCCAGUGAUGGGUUUCCCCUAUCUGAGACCUCCCACUUUUUUGAUAUUCUGGCAGAACAGAACAGUCCCUUACUGCAGGACCAGGAGGUCAUGCCCUUCGCCAGCUAUCCCAGCAUGCAGUUCACCUCGGUGGAACCCUGUAUAUCAUCACCCUCGUACUACCCCAAUCAGCACUGUUACCCACAGUUUAGCGGGGAGGAUUGGUACACACCGUCUGCUGUGUUUGAGAUGAGGAAAGGACCUUUGGAGGGUGGUUUUGACAAUGAGAUGGAGCCUUGCCCUGUCAUUCCAACUGUAUGUAAGAGGUCCAGACACGCUCCUCACUCCGGAAAGAGUAAAGGCGAGGAAUUGUGCGUGGUUUGUGGAGAUAAAGCAUCAGGGUAUCACUACAAUGCACUCACGUGUGAAGGAUGCAAAGGGUUCUUUAGAAGGAGCAUUACAAAGAAUGCUGUAUAUAAAUGUAAAAGUGGAGGAAAUUGUGAAAUGGACAUGUACAUGCGCAGAAAAUGCCAGGAGUGUCGACUCAGAAAGUGCAAAGAAAUGGGCAUGCUUGCAGAAUGCUUGUUAACUGAAAUCCAGUGCAAGUCCAAAAGGUUGAGGAAAAACACAAAAGCCUCAUCUGAUGAAAGCAUAGGGGAUGAUGUUGGUGACAGCAGAGAUGCUAAACAGGUUGUAUCCACCACAAAACUCUCUAAGGAAGAACUAAGUCAAGACCAGCAGGCUUUAGUAACUUACAUUGUUGAUGCUUACAAUAAACACCGGAUCCCUCAGGAUAUGGCGAAGAAACUGUUGCAAGAGCAGUUCAAUGCCGAAGAAAACUUCCUCUUGUUGACAGAGAUGGCAACCAGCCAUGUCCAGGUGCUGGUUGAGUUCACAAAAAACAUACCAGGUUUUCAAUCUUUGGAUCACGAAGAUCAGAUUGCAUUAUUGAAAGGCUCUGCCGUAGAGGCGAUGUUCCUACGCUCAGCCCAGGUUUUCACCAGGAAACUUCCCCACGGACACACGGAUGUGUUGGAGGAGAGGAUUAGAAAGAGUGGGAUAUCUGAAGAGUUUAUCACGCCCAUGUUUAACUUUUAUAAGAGCAUUGGUGAACUGCAGAUGAUGCUGGAGGAACAUGCUCUGCUCACUGUCAUCACAAUCCUCUCACCAGACAGGCCGUAUGUAAAGGACCAGCAGGCUGUUGAACGUCUACAGGAGCCUAUGUUAGAGGUACUGAGGAAGGUCUGUAAGCUACAACAUCCUCAAGAACCCCAGCACUUUGCACGCCUGCUGGGUCGUCUGACCGAACUACGCACCCUCAACCACCAUCAUGCAGAGAUGCUGGAGUCCUGGCGCAUGAGCGACCACAAGUUCACACCUCUUCUCUGUGAGAUCUGGGAUGUACAGUGACAAAAUCAUGACAGAAUGGGCAGAAACCAAAGACUUUUACAUACUAAGAGAUGUGUGUUUACACAGUUGACUGUUGAAAUAUAAAAACUUAAACUGUCUUGUACACGGUAGCUACAGGUUGAACAUUAUUUACUUGUUUGGCUGCUAAUCACCAGCCCUUCAAGAGGAGGAAUUUGAUGAAUAUUGAAAUUAAUAUUAAUAUUUUAAUGCAUUGUAAAUGUUUACGCAGUUGCCUUUCCUUCACUUAAGAAUGGCAUGUCUUUUUACAUUUGUCAGUUUGUGUAUUGUAUGAAUAAAAUUUAAAACAUUUUACUGUU